AAAUAUGCAUAUCAACUACUUUUUAAAAAAUUAUUUAAAUGGUGCCAAAAUACAGAGAAAGGUUACCAAAAAAGAGUUCAUCAUGAUUUAUUGAUUCCAAAAGAAAUAUAUUUGGAAACGUAUCAAAAAGUUAAAUUAAAAUAUGCUGAUGAAUUGGUUAAAAAUUGGUCAGAAAAAACAGAUCCUGUAAAAUUUGUAUUUGAGGAUAUUGCAAUUGCAAGUUGGUUGAUUUCUUUGUGGGAAUUAGAAAGAAAAGAGAAUGGACAAAAUAAAUUACAGUCUUUUGUUGAUUUGGGAUGUGGAAAUGGUUUAUUAACUUAUUUAUUAUCAUCUGAAGGAUAUGAAGGAAUUGGUAUUGACAUGAAAAAAAGGAAAAUAUGGAAUAAAUUUGAAGAAAAGGGUGCAAUUCUCAAAGUUGAAACAUUACAACCAAAUAUGAUUACAUAUCCAAAAACUGAUUGGAUAAUUGGAAAUCAUGCUGAUGAACUUGUGCCUUGGUAA